AUGGCUCAUUACAAAGGAGCUGCCUCUGAGGCUGGGAGAGCCAUGCAUCUUAUGAAGAAGCGUGAAAAAGCGCAACAAGAAAUAGAGCUACGUAAAAAGAAAAUUGAAGAAGACUUGAAAAUAGAGAACAUAGAAAAUAAAUUUGCUACUCAUUAUGAUGCAGUAGAACAACAACUUAAAAGUUCUACUAUUGGACUUGUCACUCUGGAUGAAAUGAAAGCAAAGCAGGAACAUAUAGUAAGAGAAAGAGAGAAAAAAUUAGCACAAAAAAAAGCUGAAAAGGAGAAGGAAAGGCAGAAAGAAAUUGAAGCCAAGCAAGCUCAAAAAAACAAACAAAAGCGUCAGAUUCAAGCACUGUCAUUUGAUUUAAAUGAAGAAGAGGAUGAAGAAUCUGCUGAUGAGAAACCUGAACCAAGUUGGAAAGAAAAGCCUGAGGAACCUAUUUUAAAAAAGAUAAAAAAAAAUCCAGAUGUUGAUACCUCAUUUUUACCAGACAGAGAACGGGAAGAAGCUGAUCUGAAAUUGCGUGAAGAACUGAGAUUAGAGUGGGUAAUGACUCAGGCAAGUCUAAAAGAUGAACCUAUUACUGUCACAUUCAGUUAUUGGGAUGGAUCAGGACAUAGAAGAAAUGUUACUCUAAAGAAAGGCAAUUCCAUUUAUCAAUUUCUGCAAAGAUGCCUCGAUAAUCUGAGGCCUGAAUUUAGUGAACUGAAAACUGUUUCAGCAGAUCAGCUUAUGUAUGUCAAGGAGGAUUUAAUAUUACCACAUCAUUAUACAUUCUACGAUUUCAUUGUCACAAAAGCUCGUGGCAAAAGUGGCCCUUUAUUCCAAUUUGAUGCAUCAGAUGAUGUAAGAUUAGUUAAUGAUGCUACUCAAGAAAAACAAGACUCGCAUGCCGGCAAAGUUCUUCUGAGGUCUUGGUAUGAAAGGAACAAGCACAUAUUUCCAGCAUCUAGAUGGGAACCAUAUGAUCCUACAAAAACAUAUUCCAAGUACACAGUAAAAGGAAAAUAG